AUGAGGAGGAAGAGGAUGCAAUGGAGUGAUCGAAUCCUCAUCAUCACAACCCUUCUUUUGAUUCCAAUCAUCAUUGUUCAUGGCAUCAAUGAUGAGAAGGAUGAGGAUGAGGGUGUGAAGAAAAUGAGCCUUGAACUUGUGCACAGGCAUGAUCAUCGCGUUGUUGGUGGGGUGGAUCAGCUUGAAGCAAUGAAAGGGUUCAUUUAUAGGGACUUUCUUAGGCGCCAGAGGAUGAACCAAAGAUGGGGACUCAGAAGCAAUGAAAGCCACCAUAGAAGGAAGGAUUGGGAAAUGCUUCAAUUCGAAAUGCCAAUGCAUUCAGGAAGAGACUCUGGACUUGGUGAGUACUUUGUGCAAGUUCAAGUUGGAACACCGGGUCAGAAGUUCUGGCUUGUUGCAGACACAGGAAGCGAGUUUACAUGGUUUAAUUGUAGAGAUAAUAGGCCUUCAAGAAACCAUCAUGGUGGUGGUGGUGGUUCACAUAAACACAAGGGAGGGUCAAGGACAAGGACAAGGACAAGGACAAGGACCAGGACAAAGACCAGAACAAGAACAAGGGUCAGGUCUAAUAAUCCUUGUAAUGGGGUGUUUUGUCCUCAACGUUCUCAUUCAUUUCAAACUGUGACAUGUUCUUCUCAUAAGUGCAAGAUUGAUCUCAGUGACCUCUUUUCUCUUAGUUAUUGUCCUAAUGCUUCUGCUCCUUGCCUAUAUGAUUUCAGCUAUGCUGAUGGAUCAUCUGCAAAGGGAUUCUUUGGCACUGACACUAUCACAGUAGACAUCACAAAUGGAAAGAAGGGAAAACUGCAUAAUAUGACAAUUGGAUGCACAAAAUCAAUGCUUAAUGGUAUAACCUUCAAUGAAGAGACAGGUGGCAUAUUGGGUCUAGGCUAUGCCAAUGAGUCAUUUGUUGAUAAAGCAAGUCUAAAAUACGGUGGAAAAUUCUCCUAUUGUCUAGUUGACCAUUUGAGCCAUAAAAACGUUUCUAGUUAUCUAACUUUUGGUAGCCACAAAGCCAAAUUGUUGAGUGAAAUAAGAACAACAGAACUUGUUUUGGCUGCUCCAUUCUAUGGUGUGAAUAUUGUAGGAAUCUCAGUUGGAAGACAAAUGUUGAAAAUCCCACCUCAGGUUUGGGAUUUUGAUGCACAAGGAGGCACUAUAAUUGACUCAGGAACAACCUUAACCACCCUAGUUGAUGAAGCCUAUGAGCCAGUGUUUGAGGCUUUGAGCAAGUCCCUAUACAAAGUCAAGAAGGUUUCUGGGGAUUUUGGAGUGUUGGAUUAUUGCUUUAGUGCUGAAGGGUUUGAUGAGAGUGUGGUGCCAAGGUUAGUGUUUCAUUUUGCUGGGGGUGCUAGGUUUGAACCACCAGUGAAAAGCUACAUCAUUGAUGUAGCACCCCAAGUGAAAUGCAUUGGAAUUAUUGCUAUAGAGGGAGGUGGUGCCUCUGUUAUAGGCAAUAUUAUGCAACAAAAUCAUCUCUGGGAAUUUGACUUGGCUAAAAAUAUUCUGGGGUUUGCUCCUUCUACUUGCACCUAG